ACGGCAAUAAAAAUGUCCAAUAAGCCGGUUAUCUGCUUUGAUACAUCAAAAAAUGAACGCUUUCAAAUAUCAGACAACUACAAAAUGCUGCACCGGAAGCUGAAGGUCAAUUGGAAUGUGGAACAAAACGAUGCGGAGCUCAGAAAGGAGCGACUUGCCAGGGUAAAAGUUUUUGUACUCGCCGGACCCCAGGAUCGCUUCACGGAGGACGAGUUCGAGGUGCUGAAGCACUACGUGGAGGUGCAAGGAGGAAGUUUGCUGGUGCUCCUGGGCGAGGGAGGAGAGCCCGAGUUCAACACCAAUGUAAAUUUCUUUCUGGAGCAGUACGGAAUCUAUAUCAACGGGGACAAUGUGGUGCGACCGCACUACUACAGAAAUUUCCAUCCCAAGGAAUGCAUCGUGGGUGGCGGCGUUGUCUGCGAAUCCAUGUGGCGACACCUCCUUAAGUUGGAUAUCGAGAAAGUGGACUACGAUUUCAGUGACGAGAAGUACAAGAUACACUUUCAAUAUCCUUAUGGGGCCACCCUAAAUGUAUCUGAACCAGCGAAUGUCCUGUUAACCACCGGUCCAGUUGUGUACCCCUUCAAUCGCCCCUUGGCAGGAUACUUUACUAACGGAAAAGGUGGAAAGAUUCUAGCGUUGGGAUCUGGUUACAUUUGGCAUGAUAAGUAUCUGCAGGAUAAGACCAACGAUGCCAUAUUCGAGUACUUGCUUAAACUGCUCGGAGGAGACGAGAUAAGCUAUAGUCAUUUGGAUUUUAAUGAUGUGGAGCUCAGCGACAAUAAGCACUUCACUGAUCUGGCGUUCCUGGCCGACAUGCCCAAGGCCUGUCUUAUCGACAACAUUGGGACCGAGAUGCCCACGGACUUCAAGCAGAUGUUCGACAUGAAGCUCUGCGCCCUGAGCAACCACCUGCUCAAAGAGGUCAUCGAUGCCUAUGAGCAACUGCACGUUAAGUAUGAGCCACUAAGGAUCAUCAAGCCGCAGUUCGAGAUUCCGCUGCCCAAUCUCCAGUUGGCCACGUUUCCGCCCAUCUUCAGCGAGCCUCCUGCUCCGCCGCUGGAACUGUACGAUCUCGACGAGACCUUUAGCGGAGCUCGAUCCCAACUGGCCCACAUGACCGGGCAGGUUCUGCAGGCGCUGCAGGCCAAGGAGCCCCAGAGGAGGGCCCUCAACCAGCGGGAACUGGAGAACUACGUAAAGGAGUGCGCCAGGAUUACGGCUAUUGUCGAUGAACGACAGGAUAUGGCCGCCCGCGAGAUACUCAACAUUGUGGCCCGCCAGAUUGUCAGUUACAGACCUUAUGCGGAGGAAUAG